AUGCAAAAGGUGCGCGAUGAAACGAAAGAGAUGGUGACCAGCAAAACGAUCGAGUUGCGGGACGAGUUUCAGAAAACGUACGAUGAAAUGAAACAGAUCGUAACGACGGACUUGCGUGGCGAACUUCAGAAAAUGCGCGAGGAAAUGAAAGCAGAACUGAACAAGCAAAAAAAAGAGUACCGCCAAGCGAAAGAGUACCAGGUUUCUGUUCUACUACCUUUAACGAUCGUGUUUUUCACGAUUUUAGUGUAA